AUGAGUCAAGCCCCUGGAUUACAUGGUGCUGCUGGUCCAACGAAAAUGAGUCCAUCCGAAAUAAUAUCUAAACUUCCACCUGAUUCAAUAGUUAUUGGAGAAAAAUUCUUAGUUGGUAGAACUCUUGGUGAAGGCUCAUUUGGAUAAAUUUAAUUGGGUACAAAUAUUGAGACAGGAGACUAUGAAAAAUAAGAUAUAAAGAAUCCAUAACUUGCACAUGAAGCUAAAUUGCUUAGAAGUCUUCACUAAAAUAAUCAUCAUUUGAAGGGAUUCCCAUAAGUUUAUUGGAGUGGAUAAGAAGGCAAUAGAGACAAAGGAUUAUAAAUUAUGGUUAUAGACCUCUUAGGACCUUCUCUUGAGGAUUUAUUCAAAUUUUGUGGUGGAAGAUUCUCGUUAAAGACAGUCCUCAUGAUUGCUCAUCAAAUGUUGGGGACAAUAGCUCGUUUACAUGCUAAAAAUUUUGUUCAUAGAGAUAUAAAGCCUGAAAACUUCUUGAUGGGAUUAGGUAAAAAGUCUCACAUUGUUCACAUGAUUGACUUUGGACUUGCAAAGAGGUAUAGAGAUGGCAAAACUCAUUAGCAUAUACCUUAUAAAGAAAACAAAAAUCUCACAGGCACUGCACGUUACGCUAGUGUAAAUGCCCAUCUCGGAAUAGAGUAAUCUAGAAGAGAUGACCUCGAGUCUAUUGGCUAUGUACUAGUCUAUCUUGCAAAUGGUUCUUUAGCUUGGCAGAACCUUAAUGUCUAAGUUAUGCAAGAAAAAUAUUAGAAAAUUAUGGAAUCAAAACUAGCCUUACCUAUUGAGCAGAUAGCAGUUGGACUGCCAGCUGAAUUCUCCAAUUACUUACACUAUUGCAGAUCUUUGAGAUUUGAGGACAAACCAGAUUAUCCAUAUUUGAGAUAAGUUUUCGUAGAUUUAAUGCAAAAGGAGGGAUAUGACUAUGACUAUGUCUUUGAUUGGACAAUUGUCGAUAAACUUGAGAAGCCUAUUGCAACUACUAUUGAAAGAAAUAAAAAUAGUUAUUAGCCGAGUAUGAUUGUAGCCGAGGGAGCUUCAAAUGAUGGUAACUAAUACUAGAAUCAAAAUAACGCUAAAGUUCCCCCUUCAUAGUUCAAAGCUAAAAAUAAGAGUGAAAGUGAUGAGGAAGAAGAAGAGGAAGAUGAACAGGAAGAAUCAGACUCAAGUGAGGAAGAAGAAGCUAAAGAUAAGGAAAGCAAGGAUAAAACUAAGAUGAGUUUUGAAAAUGAAAACGAUGAGACUAAGGUUGAAUUCGAUGCCAAAAAGAGUGGAUCUAGUAGUGGUAACUCAAAUGAAAAGCUUAAGGCACAAGCUAACGGGAAAAGCUCAGCCAGAAAUGGGAGAUGA